AGUUCUGGUCAAACUGCUGGAUGACAGCAAAGCGCUCGUGAAAGACACGGCGCCGGGUUCUCACGGGGAGGAGCGGCGCUGAGUGUGUGAAAGGAAAAGACUCCAGCAGAUGCGGGCAAGCUGACUGAGAGAAGGAGCUGAAGAGGAGGAGGAGGAGGAGGAGGAGGUGGUGGUGGUGGAGGAGGAGUGUGUUCCGGGUUCGCACGCUGGCACCAUGUCUGCCCUGUAGCCCAAAACUGCUCUUCAGAAAGUUGACAUCGAGCGAACUAUGCGAAGGCCGUGUGUUUAGACGACUUUGAGCGCUGCGAGUUUUAAAGAGAGCGCUGUUUAGUGAGUCUGACCUCUCUCUGUCCCUCCCUCUACAUGCGAUGACCACCGCGAACCGCGGCGGCGAGGAGCUGGAUUUCAGACUCAUGUUUGGGGAGGACGCUCAACUGACGUCGCUAGGCCACACAGACGGCAGAGCAGAUAAUGGUGCCCCCUGCUACCUCCUCUCUGCGCUCCAGGAGGAGCUUGUUGUCCAGCAGCCUCCAGGGGUUCAGGGUGGCCCUCUUCCCUCCAGCCAUGUUGCUCCCAGUUCCAGCUAUUGCGCUGUGGAUUCCCCUAGCCGUGUGUUCGAUUGCCCCAGCAUCCAGAUCACCUCCAUCCCAGCCAGCUGUCACCAGGACACCAUGGGUGGCCUCCAGGAUGGGGUACACCACGUGGAGCAGCAGGGAGCUUCUGGGCCUCUGGCAUCCCGUGACCAGCUGUACCUGACUCUGGACCCAUCCUACAGGGAUACGGCAGCGCUGUGCCCGAGCCCCUGCAGCAGCCUGUCGUCCCGCAGCUGGCUCUCGGAUGCCUCCUCAUGCGAGUCUUUCUCCCACAUUUACGAUGACGUGGAGGCAGAGCUGAAUGAAGCAGCGGCCCGCGUUCGCUUGGGUUCGCCACUCAUGUCGCCCCUGGGCUCUCCUCUGCCCUCUCCGCUUACGUCCCCCCAGGCAUCCCCACAGGUUUCCCCUAUGGUGUCCCCUUUUGGCUCACCCAGUUGUGCAUACGGAGAAGACUCUUGGUUCAGAUACCAGCAGCAGCAGCGCCUCUAUACCCGUUCUCUCUCGCCCCACCAGUCACCCUACCAAUCACCACGCGCCAGCGUUACAGAGGAAACCUGGCUUAGCCCCCGGCCGCACUCGUCCUCUUCCUCCAGGCCUUCCUCUCGUCCCACUUCGCCGUAUGGGAAGAGGCCAUAUUCCAGCGCUGAGGCUGUACCAGGAUCAUCCUCGCCGCAUCUUUCUCCCUGCCCAAGUCCGUCUCACUCUCCACGGGGCAGCGUCACAGAUGAGACCUGGUUGGGAAGCCCUGGAGCGAUGGCUGCGUCCUUCCAGGCCUGUUCGUCUGAGAUCGACAUUCCUACUAAAACCAGAAGGACUUACCACAAUCAGGAAUCCACAUCCCUCCUGCCUGGGCAGGGAGAUCCAGGGCUAAAAGAUCACAGCUUUAUAUCUCCAUCUCUAGAUUCAAACUUAGAAGUAUCACUGCCCACCCUGAAGAAAGAGGACAUAGUGGAACAUUUCUUAUCCGUCCCUCCAGCUUUUGCAUGGGGAAAACCUAAACAAACGCAAACUCCUUUAUUCAGGCCCACAUCUUUACCCCCGCUGGACUCCCCUCUGCCCAGUCAGUAUGGGCAGUGUGAGCUAAAGUUGGAGAUACAGCCCAAACCCCACCACAGAGCGCAUUAUGAGACAGAGGGCAGUCGAGGAGCAAUAAAAUCAGCCUGUGGAAGACACCCUAUCGUAAAGCUCAUAGGUUACAGUGAAAAACCAGUGAGUCUACAGAUGUUCAUUGGGACAGCAGAUGAUCGUCACGUGAGACCACACGCAUUCUAUCAGGUGCACAGGAUUACUGGCAAAACGGUGGCCACUCCAAGCCAGGAGAUGCUGAUUGGCAGCACAAAAAUUCUCGAAAUUCCCCUUCUCCCUGAAAACAACAUGUCCGCCAGCAUCGACUGUGCUGGGAUUCUGAAGCUCAGAAACUCUGACAUUGAGCUGCGGAAGGGAGAGACAGACAUUGGACGCAAGAACACACGUGUGCGGGCUGUGUUCCGUGUGCAUAUUCCCCAGGCCAGUGGGACAGUGCUGUCAUUGCAGGUGGCCUCCAUACCUAUAGAGUGCUCCCAGCGGUCAGCCCAGGAACUGCCUCAGAUAGAGCAGUUCAGCCCUACCUCUGGCUCUGUGACUGGAGGUCAGGAGAUGCUGAUCAAAGGCCCAAAUAUCACCCCAGAGUCGAAGGUCAUCUUCUUAGAAAAGGGCCCUGAUGGCAAAACUCAGUGGGAGGUGGAUGCAAAAAUAGUUUGUGAAAAGAGUACAGAUACGAGCAUUGUGGUGAAGAUCCCUCCGUAUUAUAAGAGGAUCUUAACGGCCUCCACUCAGGUACAAUUUUACAUCAGCAAUGGCAAGAGAAAGAGGAGCCCUGCUCAGCAAUUCCACUAUGUCUCAGCAGUGCAGGUAAAGCAGGAAUGUGAUGUUGGAGAUGAUGUAGAGGACCAUGUCAACCCUCUGGAGCAGUGGCUUUACUCUGGAGGUCCAGUUUGUGUUCCAUCCUCAACUCAAUUGAGCUACUCUCCAAUGGGCUCCUCCUAUCUUGAUCGACAUCCUCCAGAUGGUAGCCUUAGCACUGGACCUGGGUUUCACUCAAUAUUCAACCCACCAUCUCUGGAUUUCUCCAAGCCCUCAUACCAGGGACCUCAACAGAACCUAUCCUACAAUGGACAGUCCAGUCUUCCCAGUGAUCUUGCCAGUGGGGGUAAAUUGUCACCCCUUAUGUCAGAGCAUGCAGCGUCUUUCUUGGGAAUUGGACAUCAUGGUUCUACUGGAGGUGUUCAUCCUGUGAAUCAAGUCUCUGCCCCAAGAUAUAACGAGGGCUACCUUAGCCCUUCCUCAGGUUCAAACCAGCCUGACCUAAGUAGCCCCAACCAUUAUAUAUCCAAUCCUGUGGAUCUGGAUGGGCUGCCAAAGUCAUCCUCCUCCCUAGAGUCUCCUGUCUCCCAUCCACCUUUAGCUUCUACAGUAGUGCCUUCUACCUCACCCUUAAACAGAGAAGCCCUUAUAAACCUGAAGUCUACCAAAACUCCGUCUCCUCAGGCAGCUGGGACAAGCGGGCCCGAGACCUCUUUGGGUCCUGGAGCUUCACAAGAUCACUCCUUGGAUGGAAAGAUGCUUAACAUUAAACAAGAACCAGCGGAAGAGAAGGAGCUUACUUUCCAGUCCAUUGGGCUACAGGAUAUAACUCUUGAUGACGUGAGUGAGAUCAUUGUCAGAGACUGGUUCCAGAGUCCGGACCCUGCAGGGGAUGCUCAUAGCGUGCCAUAGCUGCACUGUUACCGAAUCGGUUGCUCUGACGUGAUCAAACUGUACUGUACAUACUGUGCCUAUAUACUCUGCCUGCCUUUCAAAGGACCUCUUGAAUAGAAUGUAAUAACUUUUUUAUUAGCCAUAUAAACUUGUUUAUAAGCAGCGCUAUAUAUUAUGGGUUCUUUUGUUUGUUAGCAAUAUGAUGUGUUUUGAACUGGACUUGUGGAAAAUGUGAAUGUUCCAGCUGAGACCUGAGACUAGAUGUGCCUUUUGUUGAGGUGCCUUAAAUAUGACAUUCAGUAUAAAAUGUUUAACUCUUCACUAAAUGUUGACUGUUAAGGGUAUUUAUGACUCAACUCUAUGCAAUAAGGUUUUGUAAUCAUAAUGUUCUAAGAUAGCUGCAAAGGAGAUCUUACACUGUUAAAGUGUAACCAGGUUGUGAUUGUUUAUUAUAUCUUUGGAAUUAUUGUUUAAUUUGGCAUGGGUUAGUUAUGAUUGGCAAAGAGUACAUGAAUUUGUGACGUUUUCUGAUACACAGCUCUUUAACUGAUAGACACUUAUUAUCUGAGAGUUUUUCAGAUUGCAGAUUUCUAUUUAUGAAUUGUGAUGAAACAUCAAGGUAUGUGACAUUUUACUAUGCACAGAAAUUCACAAUGCCUUGCAGCUUUGAUGUAAAAUAUUUUUUCAACUGUUCAUUGAACAUAAAGGCUUAUUUUGCCACUU